AUGUGGAGACUUGAUCAAUGCAACAACGACAACGACAAAAGAUGUUAUGAUAGCAGCACAAGAAGGUCUUGCUAUCGUGAGCGAGCAUUUCGACUUCAGAACAAACUCGCUCAGGAUUGCCAACGUCACAUUCCGGAAUGGAACCCGAAAUUCUGCGUAGAAAUGGUACGGAUUCCUACGAAGGCAAGAAUUGGUGUCAUCACAACUGCAGAGACCCAAAGAUUCUUUGAAGCAGAACAACUGAAAGAUUCGUGGGAUCCCCAAACCAGGCAGUUGUAUCAGGUUGUUAGCAAUUUAGCCGAGGUCUGUGUUGUUCAGGUGUUUGCCAUCCAAUUCAACUGCCAGAGUGGUUUGGAGAAAAUUGGUAAACGAAUCUAG